AUGAAACCUCAAAGAAAAGAAUAUAAUAUGAAGAAUAACCAUAAUCAUAAUCAUAAUCAUAACAAUAGUCAUUAUCAUUAUCAAUCAAAAUCAAACUCCAACAAUAUCAAUGCUGAUUCCAAUGCUAAUUCCAAUUCUAAUUCCAAUGCUAAUUCUAAUUCUAAUUCAACAACAACAACAACAACAAUUAUGAAUAAUAGAAAAUCCAUAAAAAAAUAUCGAUCAAUAGCUACACAAACAUUACCUAAUAAUUUAUCAUCAUUACAAUCAAAUAAUAAUAACAAAAAUGAUGAUGAUUCUCAAUAUAUUGAUAAUACUAAUGAAUAUUCAAAUUAUUAUUAUUAUUAUCAUUAUUACUAUUAUCCAUUAUUAAAUGACUUAUUUAUACAAUUUGAAUAUGGAAAUCCUGAUCUUGAAUAUCUUGAUCAAUAUAUUAAAAACAAAAUGAAAUAA